UAAGAAAAUUAAAUAUUAAGUGAAUUAAAUAGACUUUAUUUUACCACCCACAUCCUUAACGUUACUUACUUGUUACUAACUUACUCCGUCAAGGAAAAAAAAGUCAUAAAGUACAUACUAAACUUGGAAUAUAUAAAAUACAGAAAUAUACACACAAUGGCAGAUGGAAUUGAAGUUGAACAAAUUCAAAUCAUUGAAUCACGACCAAAAAAGAUGCCAAUGGUAACAUCAAUGGAUCGAGAAACAAUCAGAGAAGCAUACGAAGAUGUUCGAAGUAAUUUGACCGACACAGAGUGGGCAGUAUUUAAAUUUGAGUCGUCUGAGAUUGUGUGUGCGGCUAAGGGUAUUGGUUUUGAGGAAUUCCAACAACAAUUUAUGGAUGAAGAACGAGCAUUUGGUUACAUAAGAAUUCAAAUGGGAGAUGAGAUGUCAAAAAGAAGCAAAUUUUUAUUCCUCACUUGGAUCGGAUGUGACGUAGGCGUUAUGCAGCGUGCGAAAAUGUCUACGGAUAAGUCGAUAAUGAAAGAAGUCAUAAGCAAUUUCGCAGCAGAAUUGCAGAUAGAAUGUGAAGCCGACAUGGAUUUAAUUUACUUUAAGGAAGUUCUACAGAAAGCUCAAGGUGCAAAUUAUGGAACAGGCAUUCGAGAAAUUUAAAGCACAAUUAUUUCCAACUAAUAUUUUUAUGUCGCAUAGUUUCUAAUCAAUUUUUUUAUUUUCAAAGUAAACCAUUUUGCAAUAUUUCCAAGUGCCAAGGAUUCAGUUACUCCUUGAUUGAUGAUGAAAUUAUCUUCAUUUACUUAAUAUUAUUGUGUUAUAAACAAAUGCGGGACUUGAGGUGAUUGAAGAUUUACUUGUUGGUCGUCAAGCAUUUGGUCAUCUAUAGCUUGUGAAUGCUACACGCACAAACCAAACAAAUUAACAUAAGCCUACAAAUUCCUCUCUAAUCAGCUCAAAUCCUGCAA